CCGGGUUUAUAUAUGGUUCGGAAGCUGUGCUGGACUUCGACAGAAUCGCAGGAUUUUCACCGGCGACAUACACAGACAGAGUCUCCAGUGAAAACGAAACUGCCUGGGAAAGAACUGAAAUUUGUACACACAGUAACCGUCUUGUAUUGUUAACGAUUCAUUUCAGGCUUCGCCCUUUCAGGAUUUCCAGUUCUUGUGAGAUCGCAACGAAACGCAGGACAAUGCAGACAAAAUGGCGGAGGCAUAUGGCGGCGUUAAUUGUCAGUUGCGCUCUCCAGAUGGCAGCACAUGUCUCGCAAGCUGUUGAUUCAGGUGCAAUACGUGUGACUGUACAACAGGGGGUCAUGAAAGGGAAGACUAUGACAUCUGCGAAGGGCAGGACUUUCUACUCCUUCCAGGGAAUCCCUUACGCGAAGCCGCCAACCGGAUUGCUAAGGUUCAGAGACACUCAGCCCCCGACAGCAUGGGAAGGAGAACUGGAUGCUACAGAACCCGGGUCUCUGUGCAUGCAAGUCACCCCGCUCGGCCUCGUGGUUGGCACCGAAGAUUGUCUGAUUCUCAACAUCUUCACACCGCUGCUGCCGGAACAAAAUGGAAGCCAUAACGAACAAAAUGGCGAACUUAAUGUGAUGGUUUGGAUUCAUGGCGGCGCUUUUUAUAGUGGUUCAUCAGAGCAGUACUCAGCCCAGUACCUCAUGGACAAAAACGUGGUUUUCGUUUCCAUCAAUUACAGAUUAGGUGUAUAUGGAUUUCUGAGUACAGGAGACGAUGAAUCCCCUGGGAAUUAUGGGUUGAAGGACCAAACUGCAGCUUUGCUCUGGGUGAAGAAAAACAUCGCAGCAUUUGGGGGGAACCCCAACAGCGUCACAAUCUUCGGACAAAGUGCAGGGGGGUCACUGGUCCACUGUCACAUUCUCUCCCCAUUUUCCGAAGGUUUGUUCCACCGCGCUAUUUCCAUGGCCGGAACUGCCAUCAGCCCCUGGGCGAGUUGCCCUGACCCUUUGGGUAUGGCCCAGAAACAGGCCAAGCUCGUCAACUGCUCCACUGCAAACACGUCGACCAUUGUCGCCUGUCUCAGGAACACAGAUCCCGUGCUGCUGGUCAAGACAUAUCCUUCCGUGCCACUAAUUCUGGAGGACAUGUUGUACACCCCCUGUCCGGAGCACAAGACGUCCCGCAACCCUGAGCCGUUUCUUCCCGGAGACCCGCUGGAUCUGAUACGGGCAGGCAAAUUCAAAAAGAUACCAUGGAUCGUGGGCGCCAACAGCCAGGAUAUGGCCCUGUUUAUAUCUGCUUUGUUGGACAUCAACGUUGCUCGCAACAAGAUAAAUAAAAACUUCAACACUUUCUUCGAAAACAUCCUGUUCCUCCCGCCAAAUCUUACUAAAGUUCAAGCCGACGGUGUGUACGAGAAAGUUAUAGAUUUCUAUCUUAACGGAACCAAGGUCCUCUCUCAACAGGACGCCUAUCAGAUUAUAGAGGGAUACACAGAUCGAAACUUCAUAUAUCCGGUGAAGGAAACAGUGGACGCCCAUCUUGCUGUGGGACAUGAUGAAAUAUUCUGGUACAAUUUUGCGUAUAGAGGAUUAUACUCAACAACUACCAUUACAUCACUCCGAAACUAUGGUAAGCACGUAGCCUUCAUUCUCCGCGAAGUUAAUUUCCGAAAAUUACAUCUUUUAUUUAUUUUCUGA